AUGAAAAAAGGCUCGCUUGUCGGAAAUGUGGCCCAAGACCUCGGUUUGGAUCUAAAAAGACUCCGUUCCGGUCGCGCCCGCAUCGUUACCGGCGAGAACGUCCAAUACGCCGAGCUGAGGGCGGACAAAGGGCUGCUGGUUGUCCAUGAGAGGAUAGAUCGAGAGCAGCUGUGUGGAGACGUGACGCCGUGCAGCUUCACCUUUGAGAUUUUAUUGGAAAACCCCAUGGAAUUGCAUCCGGUAACCAUCGAAGUGUUAGACGUGAAUGACAACGCUCCCACCUUUGAAAAGAACAACUCGCCAGGUGUUUCUGUGCUCAGCGUAAGUGCCAAAGACCCAGAUGAAAACCAGAACGCUCGGGUCUCCUACAUGUUGGAGCAGAAUCAAAGAGCUGAUAUUUAUUGUCAGAGCGCAGGAUGGCGGCUCCCCUCCGCUCUCUGGUACCCGGUACAGACGGGCGGCUCGCUGCUGGCCGAAAUGGUGCCGCGUUCAGCAGAUGUGGGCUAUCUGGUGACGAAAGUGGUGGCCGUGGACGUGGACUCUGGCCAGAACGCCUGGCUCUCCUAUAAAGUGCACAAAGCCACCGACAGGGCGCUGUUUGAAGUGGGCCUCCACAACGGAGAAAUCCGAACUGUCCGCCAAGUGACUGACAAAGAUGCUGUCAAACAAAGACUGACUGUUGUCGUGGAGGACAACGGGCGGCCCUCUCGUUCAGCGACAGUCAUUGUGAAUGUGGCGGUGGCCGACAGCUUCCCUCAAGUGCUGUCAGAGUUCACUGACUUGAGCAUGCACGACAAGGAGUACAAUGACCAGCUGACUUUUUACUUAGUCUUGGCGUUGGCGGUGGUCUCCUUCCUCUUCAUCACCUGCUUGCUGCUUAUCAUAUCGGUCAAAGUGUACAGAUGGAGACAGUCUCGCAUCCUCUACCACCCUAACCUGCCUGUCAUUCCAUAUUGCCCACCACGAUACUCGGAUACUUUGGGGACGGGGACUCUCCCGCACGUGUACAAUUACGAGGUGUGCAGGACCACCGACUCCAGAAAAAGUGACAUGAAGAACAUGCAAGCCAUGAGUCAAAGUUUAGUGAGCGUGGAUGGAGCUGAUGCUAACGUCCAACAAAUGAUCAAGCAGGUAUCAGGAAACUGCUCACAGACGUCAACCUUGGUGAGUCUUUUUUUUGUUUGUUUUCUCGGCAUCUGAAUAUUUUGUUCACUGUUUGACGUCAGAAAUGAGAUCCUAGAGAUUGUGUCAAAAAUGUUGUCAGUCAUUUCCAUAUUUUAAAAAUGAGUGCAAAUUUA